AUGGGCGUCAUCUUCAAGAUAAUUGGAGUAAUUCUAACAGUCAGUGAAUUCGACACUUUUAAUGGGAACAAUGAUCAGCUUGCUAUAGAUUUGCCUUUCCAAUGGAUGGAUAUCGGAAAUCUCGCUGCUGCUCAAAAACAUGAAAUGCAUAGUAAUUCGUCGUUUGGCGGAGAGCCAUUAGAAGAAUUCAAGGUGCUACUUGAGACUAGUAAAAGUCAUGCUAGAGUUAUCAGCUGGAAGUCCCCAUUUCGUAGUAAAUGGCAUAGUAAGUUACGCAAUAGAGAAGGAUCACAAGAAGUGAAUCAAUAA